GCAGCUUUAAGCUCAGCUCACCACACCCCCUGGGUGUGUCUGGGUCUCUGUGACAUCAUCAGAAGCCAUGUUAGUUUUACUGAUGGAACCUGCUAGAGAAUAAGCCAUGUGGCUGUAGCUGAAUAAAAGUUAUCUAAAGUUCCUGCUGCAGAGUCUUCAUGAUAUGUGCAAGACACAAGGUAACAGCACACAACUGAAUGUUCUAAUCCUGACUACACACAGAACAUAACAGCUGGCGACGAGGAUCUGUGGUCUGACCCUAUAAUGGCACUUAUUGGCACCUUACCUGUGUUUGCAGCAGACACAGACAGAUGGGACACAUGGGUUGAACAGUUUGAGCUAUAUUGUACAGCAAAUAACAUAGGAGCUGAUAAGCAAGUGGCUGUGUUUCUGACAACUAUAGGCUCAGCAGCUUACACUACAUUAAGGGACAUUCUCUCACCAGAUAAACCUAAUGCUAAACCUCUGUCUGACCUGAUCUGCCUGUUAUCUGACCACUACCUACCUAAGCCUCUGGAGAUAUCAGAACGCUUUAAGUUUUACACACGCAAGCAAUUGCAGCAUGAGGACAUUAAAACUUAUGUGAUCAGUUUAAAGAAACUAGCAAGUAGCUGCAGAUUUGGGGAUUAUUUAAACACUGCUUUACGUGAUAUGUUUGUUAUUGGACUCAUGGACUGUACAGUACAAAAGAGACUAUUAGCAGAGGAUGAGUUAACACUAAAGCGUGCUAUAGAGAUAGCUACCGUCAUGGAACUUGCUGCUAAAGAUGCACAAAUGCUCCAGGCCCCAGCACAGGCAGUUUGUGAUAAGGAAAAAGAUGUUUUUCAUACAAGUGUGCACCUAAAUAAACAGUAUCCAGCUAGACAAGGGUCACAGACAGCUUGUUACAGAUGUGGUGACACAAAUCACACAGCAAAUGCCUGCAGGUUUAGGAACAGCACCUGCUAUGGGUGUGGGAAGAUUGGUCAUAUAAAGAGAGUGUGCAGAAGUUCCUUAGACAGAGAUAAAAGUAAGAAAGGCAGCAAGUCACAUGCAGCUUUUCAUGUGCAAGUAGAUACACCACACACUGAUUCAGAGGAAGACAAACCAUUAUACACAUUACAGAUCUACAGCCUUGAGAAUAAAAUUCCAGAACUGCAAGCAAAGGUGAAUAUAGAUGGUAAACCUCUCAUUAUGGAAGUUGACACAGGAGCAGCAGUCUCUGUUAUCACAGCUGCUGAUUGGAACCGCCUGGGACUAAGGCAACCAAUUGUUCCAACAGCUGUCACCAUGCAAACAUAUUCAAAUGAAAUAAUAAAGCCUAUUGGGUGUGUAUCACCUACAGUGACAUUUAAUGGUAUAACUAAAAAGGUACGCCUCUACAUUUUACCUAAAGGAGGACCACCUUUGUUUGGUAGAUCCUGGAUCCAAGCAUUGGGCAUGCCAAAGUUACCACAACAGUUACCACUUAACAAACUGCUGGACCAAAGUGGGAAUUCAAAUUCUUCUUGGAUUAAUUCUCUAAAGCACAAAUAUAAGACUGUAUUUGAUGGGAACCUAGGUUUAGUGAAAGACAAGCAGAUUCAGCUUCACCUAAAAGAAAAUGCUAUUCCAAAAUUUUGUAAACCAAGAGUUGUACCAUUUGCACUUAAACCUAAAAUUGAAGCAGAACUAGAAAGACUACGAAAUCAGGGGAUUAUUGUUCCAGUGUCUAGCAGUGAAUGGGCUUCCCCAAUAGUUCCUGUCAGAAAAAAGAAUGGGGACAUUCGCAUCUGUGGAGAUUUCAGAGUGGGCCUUAACCCUCAAUUACUUGUGGACCAAUAUCCUUUACCACGGAUUGAAGAAUUGUUUAGUUCUCUGGCAGGGGGUGAAAAAUUUACAAAAAUUGACUUGCAUCAAGCAUACUUACAAUUAGAGGUGCAUCCAGACUCCAGACACCUGUUAACUAUCAACACUCACAAAGGACUUUUUCAGUAUACGCGGAUGGUGUUUGGCAUUGCCCCAGCACCUGCAGUGUGGCAACGGAUAAUGGAUGAGAUCUUGGCAGGUAUUCCACAUACCCACUGUAUGUUAGAUGACAUGCUUAUCACUGGUGAAAAUGAUGCUGCUCAUAAAGCCAAUGUUGAAGCUGUUUUACAACGCCUACAGGAAUUCGGACUGAAAGUUAACAUGGAAAAGUGUGAGUUCUUCUGCAAGAGUUUAGAAUAUUGUGCACAUGUAGUGGACAAGACUGGUCUACACACAACUGCUGAAAAAGUGAAAGCGCUGGUUCAUGCUCCCACCCCUGUUAAUGUAUCUCAGCUACGUUCUUAUUUGGGGUUGCUCAAUUACUAUCACAGAUUUUUACCAAAUUUGGCUCAUUUACUAUAUCCACUACACCGUCUUUUAGAUAGUAAAAACCAGUGGGUCUGGACUGACUUAUGUACACAAGCAUUUGAACGCUCUAAGCAGCUUCUUCUGGAAUCAAGACUCCUUGUCCACUAUGACCUUAAGAAGCCUUUGGUACUAGCCUGUGAUGCUUCACCAUAUGGUUUAGGCGCAGUACUUUCACACAUUAUGCCCGAUGGGUCUGAACGUCCUGUGUCUUUUGCGUCCAGAUCUUUAACUCCGUCGGAGAGAAAUUAUGCCCAGAUUGAUCGGGAAGCUUUAGCAAUAAUUUGGGCUGUGAAGAAAUUCCACAUUUAUAUAUAUGGCAGACCUUUUACUCUGAUCACGGAUCAUAAACCACUUUUGUCCAUUCUGCACCCUCAGAAGGGUAUCUCCAACACAACAGCUGCACGACUUCAGCGCUAUGCACUUCAGCUGGCGGCUUACAACUACUCCAUUAAAUAUCGAUGCCACAGUGAUCAUACGAAUGUGGAUAUGUUUUCUAGAUUACCAAUGGUACAUCACAUGACAACAUCUUCUAAAAUCAUAGAAACCCCUCCACAGCCUGUAAAUCUAAAUUCCAAAGUGAUUGCUACUUAUACAUGCUCUGAUUCUACCUUACAGGAAAUCAAGUCUUUUGUUCAACAUGGGUGGCCUAAAGUGGUUCGCUCUGACCUUCAGCCAUAUUUUACAAGGAAGAAGGAAAUUGUGCAUGACUCAGGCUGUCUGUUAUGGGGGUCACGAGUGAUAAUUCCGACCUUACUGCAAACAUUAGCAUUAAAGUUACUACACAGCUCACACCAGGGUGUAGUAAAAAUGAAGCAAAGAGCACGAGAAUAUUUGUGGUGGCCUAAAUUGGAUACAGAUAUUGCUUCUUAUGUAGCUGCUUGCAAUGCAUGUGCACAGACACAGCGGAAUCCCAGCAGGGACACCUCAAAAACUUGGCCAUGGCCAAAUGAACCUUGGACAAGAAUCCAUGUUGAUUUUGCAGGGCCAGUGGAAGGACGAAUGUAUUUGGUGGCUGUGGAUGCUCAUUCCAAGUGGCCAGAAGUAGUUCAAAUGUCAAGUACUACAACGCAACAAACCAUUGUCGUUCUUUCCAGUAUGUUUGCAAGAUUUGGACUGCCACAAACUUUAGUCUCAGACAAUGGUCCACAGUUCAUAUCACAUGAAUUUGAAACCUUUCUAGAUACAAAUAACAUCAAACACUGUAAGACAGCUCCAUAUUUUCCAGCCUCUAAUGGACAGGCUGAAAGAUUUGUACAAACUUUAAAACGCCACUUAGCUGUCUCUCAGAAAUCAAAAUUUAAUCCAAACUCCCUUUCUAAUUUUUUGUUUAACUAUAGAAACACACCCCAUGCCACUACUGGGCUAUCACCUGCAAUGUUAAUGUUUGGAAGACGCCUGAGAACUCCACUGGAUAAAGUUAGACCAGAACAUCCCACACAAGAGUUGAACACUUCUAGCGUUUCAGAAUUUGUUCUUCAUGACAGAGUAUGGGUUAGAAACUACCGUGGCCCAAAUAAAUGGAUUCCAGCUGUCAUAAUACAAGGCAUGGGCAAUAGAAUGUUUAAAGUUCAACUACAAGCUGGUGGUACAGUUUCCCGCCAUGUAGAACAAAUGAGACAUAGAUCUCAACCAGCUACACAAAUAUCAAAUGAUUCAGAUGGUGAGGAUAUCUGGCAUGGAGUGUGGUGCCCACCUGAGUCUUCUGAGGAUGAAAAUGCAAUGAACACAACUGAAACAGAUCAACCUCAGAAUGAUUCUGUCCAACAACAAAAUAUCACAGGUGAUCAACAACCAUUGGGUUCUCCUCCACAGACAAUUUCUCCUGAACCAAAUACUCUACGGCCCUCUAGAAACAGAAGGCCACCUUCUAGAUGGCAAUGUGAGGAUUCAGUGAGAGAUUAUUCAGCAAGGAAUGACCUAAUCCGAAGGCGGACUUAUCGCAGAAAACAUAACUGUGACUAAAUUCUAGGCUGUGACCUAGGUCUUGUGCACAUAGACUAUAGAGAUAAACUGUUCUAAGUUCAAGUGUAUGGUUUAGUUACUUGUUGUAUGUUACAAUAUUAUCCAC